AUGGACUCGCAAAUACUUCAAGCAGUUGAGAUCGCUCUUAGCGGAACGGCAGAUGCGGCUUUAAAACAACAAGCGUACGACUUCAUCGAGCAAAUCAAGACCACCCAAGAAGGCUACACCUCGUGCGUUGAUAUUCUUGUCAAACAGGGGAAUACUCUUAACGAACAGUUCAAGUUUUUCAUUUACCAAGUUAUUGACGAAAACAUCCAGAAAUUAUCUGCGGAUGAGUUGUAUAAACUCUCCGAUACUUUGUUCGAGUGCUUGAAGAGAGAAGACGUAAACACACCGGUCUACCUCAAGAACAAAUUAGCUGGGACCUUGGGUAACUUGUUCUGCUUUGUAUACUUAGAAGUACGUCCUUCAUUUUUGAAGGACUUGUUAUCUAUGAGCGAAGAGAGCUCUUUAUUGACUGACUACUACACCAGAAUCAUUUUAGCAAUCCAUAGCGAAAUCGGGGACAAAUUCAUCUCCAGAUCAAGAAAAGUGCAAGAAAGAAAUGUCAGCCUCAAGGACAAGAUCAGAGUCACAGACAUGGCUUCCUUGGUGGCAAACUGGAAGAGUAUUUUGAACGCAGGGGCUACUAAGGAUACUUCUGAUGCAGCAGCUACUGCAACAACUUCAGAUGUCUUGAACAACACUUUAAAGAUCGUAGGCUCAUAUAUUGAAUGGAUGGAUAUAACCCUUUUCGUUUCAGAACCUGCAUUCAUUAACUGCAUUUUCCAAUACUUGACCAAACCAUACCAGCGUAUAACCACCUGCUCUACAUUGAUUGAAAUCAUCAGUAAGAAGAUGCAACCCGCCAAUAAGCUUGAAUUGCUUUCCUUAUUGAAUUUGACACUGGUGAUCAAUUCUAUAUUGCAAGGAGAUGACGACGAUUUGGAGUUUGCAGAAAGCAUUGCCAAAUUGGUCAACCAGAUCGGAUUGGAGUUGAUCAUAGUAUUAGAAGGUAACCCUAGCUUGGAAGGCGGGGAGAUCAACAGGCAGAUCAUCAAUUUAUGGCCAUUUAUUUUCAACUUCUUGGGCCAUGAGUACGACGAUGUUACUCAGCAGGUAUUCCCCUUCAUUUCGCAAUACUUGUUGGCUUGUAAGAAGUUCCAAUCUAUCGUGUCUAUAGAGUUAUUGAGUAAUUUAUUGAACAAGAUCAUUAUUAAGAUGAAAUACGACGACGAUACUGAUGGAAGAGACGAAGAUGAAGACAACGAAGAAUUUAUAGAAGUCAGGUCAAAAUUAAAGAACUUCCAAGAUACCAUUGCAGUAUUGAAACCUGAUUUGUAUCUUGAAGCGAUACCAGUGGUGAUUAACGAACUGUUGAAAGAAGACGGGAACAAUGACUGGAGAAGAAUUGAAUUGGGCCUUUACGAGUUAGGAAAUUUUGCUGAUUCAUUAAGAAACAACUUGAUUAAUUUGCCAAAGCAUACCAUCUCGUCUUCGGAACCGUUUUUACUUUUCCAGGAUUUCCUAGUUAAGUUAGUUAACUCUAACUUUAUAAUCAAUAUAGAUCACCCAAAGAUUCAAUUAGAGUUCUUUGAGUUGAUUGUUCGUCAUUACAGUUUUUUAAACAAUAACCAAGCUUUGACGUUGAGAACCUUAGAGAUUUUCACAUCGCCAUUGGGCUUAUUUAACCAGCUGGAAAAAGUUAGAUUGAGAAGUUGGUAUUUGUUCUUUAGGUUUGUCAAAUUGACUAAACCUAGACUAUCAAAAUCCGAAGUGAAUUUCAUUGAGAAUACUUUGAAGAAGGUCCAACCUCUUUUAGUGAUCAAAGCAAUACUCCCAACCAAUGACGAAGAUGGUGCGGUUGUAGUGGAAGACAUUUUCAACAACCAACUAUACCUUUUCGAAACGAUGGGGUUGCUUAUAUCCUUGGGAUCAUCUGAAGUUGACUCGAAAUUGAAGUUGAUCGAUUUGAUUUUCCAACCAUUAUUCAGAAACCUUGAAGAAUGCGUGGAGGCGUCGCAGGCCGGAGGUGCUCUGAACAUGAACUUGAUUGCAUUACAAGCACAUCACUUACUAAUGGCAAUUGGUACUUUCGCAAGAGGGUACGACUACGACUACAAUAAUAAGUAUAGUCAAGAAAUUGUAUCCAAAAUUGAUACUGCUGCCUCGAUUGUUAUCUUCACAUUAUUAAACUUUGUCAAGUUUGAAAAAAUCAGAGAUGCAUCGAGAUUUGCAUUUGCAAGAUUCAUUCCAAUUUUGGGCAAAGAUAUCAAUAAUCAUUUAUCUAAACUUGUAUCAUUAAUAUUAAGUUCAAAUGACUUAAAGUAUAAUGAGUUGACGGACUUCUUGGGUUUCUUAGGACAAAUUGUACACAAGUUUAAAGCUGACGACAAUAUUUACCAGUUACUUAAUGAUUUGAUUCUGCCUCUUUUUGAUAAGAUUUUCAACAUGCUUAAGUUUAAUGGAGAGAACAAUGAUUUCGAUAACAUUCCCGAUAUCCAGAGAGAUAAGAACAGUUUGAAAAAGCUGUUUAUGAAUUUACUUUCCACCAUGAUCUUGAAUCAUAAUUCUUCAUUACUUGUAAGUCAGACUAAUAAGCAAAAGUUCCCACAAGUUGUAGAUAGCUUAUUUGAAUUUGCAUAUGAUUUAUCAGACCCUACAGUUUCAAGAGCUGCAAUCAUUCAAUUGGUAAACUUCAUCUUGAUUAUGGGUAAAGGUAGAAUUGAAGAUCCGGAAGAUUCGAUGGGUACCGCAUUGCCACCAAUCGAAGGGAUGGAAGACUAUCUCAUGAACAAAUCAAUAUCAGUAUGCUUCGAAUUGCCUUUUCAAAAUGGAGGAGGUUUCGACAUUAAGGAUGCUCAAUUCAGAAUCAUUGCUCAGGAAAUAGCUACGCUUUUGAAAACAUAUCAUAAGGUAAAGGGAGAUGAGUUUUUGAGCGUCCUUUCUACAUAUUUGACCAACAUGGGAUUAUCACAAGAAUUAAUGAAUGAUUUUGGUACAAACUUGGUUAAGCUGGAUCAAAGAGAAUUCAAAAAAUACUUCAUAACCUUUGUUACCCAGCUCAAGAGUUAA